GAUGAGCUCACCUUCCCGGCCAAGAUGAAGAACUCCUCCUGGGGUGUCACCAACGCCCCGCUGUCGAUUUCAGCAGUGACUCCAGCCCCAGACGCAAAUGGGACCUCUCAAUCUCCUCAGCAGCAGCAGCUGCUGCUGCUGUUGCAGGACCAAGCCCGCGUCGUGGGUCUCGUGUUGACGCUCGGCUCCUUCAUCAUCUUCGCCAUCGCGGGCAACAUUUUGGUCAUCCUCUCGGUGUUCUGCAACAGGCACCUGCGUACGGUCACCAACUACUUCAUUGCCAACCUGGCCCUGGCGGACCUCCUGCUGAGCACAACCGUGUUACCCUUCUCCGCCGCCCUAGAGGUGAUGGGCUACUGGGCUUUCGGGCGGCCUUUUUGCGACGUGUGGGCUGCGGUGGACGUGCUCUGCUGCUCGGCGUCCAUCAUGAGCCUGUGCGUCAUCUCCGUGGACCGCUACGUGGGCGUCGGGUAUCCCCUGCGUUACCCGGCCAUCAUGACCGAGCGGCGGGCCUUGUUCGUACUGGUCAGCGUGUGGGUGCUGUCCAUCGUCAUCUCCGUGGGGCCUCUGCUCGGCUGGAAGGAGCCUCCGCCGGAUGACGAGACUAUCUGCAGCAUCACUGAGGAGCCAGGCUAUGCUCUCUUCUCGUCCAUGCUGUCCUUCUACAUCCCCAUGUGCGUCAUCCUGGGCAUGUACUGCAAGGUCUACACCGCGGCCAAGAGGCAAACCGAGAGCCUCAAGGCCGGGGUCAAGAGGGCCAGGGCCAACAUGAGAGAAGUCACCCUGCGCAUCCACCGUGGCCGGGAUGACGGCUCGGCCAAGGAGCCCCAUCACCUGCGGGGGUCCCUCUCUGUCAGGAUCCUCAAGUUCUCCCGAGAGAAGAAAGCGGCCAAGACCGUGGGCAUUGUCGUGGGGGUCUUUGUCCUCUGCUGGUUUCCAUUCUUCUUGGUCCUGCCGCUGGGUUCGUAUUUCCCAGAGUGCAAGCCGGAUGACACUGUUUUCAAGAUAAUCUUUUGGCUUGGCUACUUGAACAGUGGCGUCAACCCGCUCAUUUAUCCAUGCUCCAGCCAGGAGUUCAAGCGCGCCUUCCUCAACGUCCUGCGCUGUCGGUGCCGUCAGAAGCACCACCGUCCCGCCUGGCGGGGCCACCGCUCCGUCUGUGGCAGGUCGGCCGCCACCUCUGCCCGCCCGCCCCACCACUGCAGCCGGACCACGAUCGGCCCCACCGACGCCCAGAGGCCGGCGGGCAGCUUUUACUCGCGGCGAAAGUCAAAGUCCGACGACCUCGUCGCAGACUUCUGCUCGACCGAACGGAAGAGGAGCUCCCACAGCUAUCAAUCGCGCAGUAGCUCCCACGACAUUUCGGCAGCUUUUUACUUGGAGCCAGAGAAGAGUUCCAUCAGCCUCGUGGAUGAUUUUUACCCGGCACGCGAGCGCAGUUCCCGUGACCUUUCCGAUUGCUAUCGGGAUUCGGGCCCCCCCGUUACUCCAGGGUCAAAGCUGCGAAGUUUUCUGCAGUGGGUGACUCGGGGCCGCCGCUUCAAGAGAGAUGCCCGACUCAGCCAAGACCGUGGAAUGGCCAUCAGCAUGGGUUCACAAACGAAUUAUGACACAGAAAGGGGAGAUGUUAAUGUGCAUGCUGAAAGACCUACUACUGGUGAACUUGCGAUUACAGAAAUAUAAAUAUUGUAGCCCCUGUUUAUAAAAAAAAAAGUAUAAAACAGGGGCAAAAAAAAUACAGAACUGGGGUGCCAACAGUGUAGUUGUCACCGUAUAAAUUAAUGACUGCUGCAUAGAAUGUCUAAUACUUUGUGAAUGUAUGGAAACGACAGUGUAUUUCAGCAUGGCAGUUAUACUGCCAAAAGCUAAGUAGACUUUUGCUCAUCUGUACAUAAUGUUGUAAACCAUUCGUUCAAGCCUAUUCAGAACUGAAUUGUCAUGUACAUGUUUACCACUAAUUUAAUGUGUAAUACAUUUUUUCAUUAAUAACUGUACCGUGUAAUUUACAGUGUGUUGUGAAAUUAAAUAUAUUGCGGUAUUUUAUGCUGCACUUUUGUUUUUUUGGUGAAAUAAAAUGUGCAUACCCUGUAUGGUUUUGGAGCACACACUGGUGAUACAAGUAAAUAAAGGCUGCACGAACAGAAACAACAUCGCAUUCCUGUAUAAUAAAAUAGUUGUAAUGUGUACAAUAAAAUAAUGUACAGAAUAGUAGAGUAACAUAAACAUGUUUUAAGUACCCUCAAACUAAAAUUUUCUGUCAAAAAAAGAAAGUGUUAUUGUCUUAUGCUCAUAUUCUUAUCAGGCUCUUUGGUGUAAAAUAGUCUCCAACUCUAAUGAUCCACUCUAGCUGGCCUUUCUGCUUGCUAUGAAGAAGGGGUAUUUGUUCAAAACAUUACCAUUAUAUAUUUUCUUUAUUUUAAGGUCACAGUGUUAUUGACGAGUGUGUGCUGGAGUUGUUCUUAUGUGCUUGUGUACCACUGCCAAUGGAACACCACCAAAUAAUGUCAUAUACUCAUCAUCACAAUAAUAUAAUCUUGAUUUUAAGUUUUUGUGACUGCAGGAAUCCAUACUCUUUGGUUCUUUUGGUAAAGUCACGUAGGUAGAAAAAGAAAUAAUAAAUCACGACGUUUCGAUCGC